AUGACGGUCUCUGAAUACAAGAAGUCAGUCCCUUUUCCGAAUAAUCUUGAAAUUACGAAAGCAGUGCAAAAGUAUUUCAAAGCACCAGAAGCUCUUCCGUAUGUGGCAAAUAAAACAUGGACAAAAACAAACAAAUGUAUGAUAAAGGAGAGACCGGAUGAUCUGUGGGAAAAACACUAUGUGAGACGGAAAGAAAAUGACAGCAAAGGCUACCAGAGUGCUAUUGGAGAAAUGUACAAAACCCUGGGAGAUGAAGUUGUGCUCAACACUUGUGACUUGGUGCUUAAAACAAUGUCAAAAUGCUUGGACUCGGAGAUUAAAAAUCAGCCCCUAUUCAGGCAGCAUGAAGAUGGAGCUAAGCAUGAGAAAAAGCAUGCCAUCACAUUACCUCCAAUAAGCCACACACGAGUUCCUAAGCCAGCUGCUAAAGAAGAUGAAAGUACCAAGACUGAUAAACCAGCUAUAGAACUCCCAGAGGUGCAUAGUUUUCAUGAGAUUAAGCAGUAUUUAGAUGAGAGCAAGAGCGUCAUACGUAGAGUCUAUUGUGGUCUCUCAUAUGAAGAGUAUGUCAGGAAACGCCAGGAAAACAUAAACAGUAGCAAACAAGAGCAGGGGAACACCAAGGAAAAUGAGAUGGUGUUAAUGUCACUGACCAAUCUACAGCUGGGCCUCCCCAACCUACACACGCUGGAAGAGGAGGAAGAGAUGGGGGAUCAGGUGAAGGAAUGUCCUGUGAUCAGGCCUGUUAGAGGUUGUGGAAGUCCGCGAAAAACCCGCAGGAAAUCUGUCAUGAUUGAUCCCAACACCAAUAGAAGAUUAUCAGUGGAUCCUCUGACCGAGAGUUUGAUGAAGAAGGAACUGGUCACUCGUAGAAUGACCUUGAUGUCCCCUGUUACUGAGGACCCCAAUCAGCUGAUUGGUAUUCCAAGUGGAAUCACAACAAAGAAGGAUCGAUUACGCAUGGACCACCUUCAUUAUCUACAAGCCUUGGCCAUGAUACUGACAUCAAUCAACAAUAUGAAGACCAGAGAACUUAAAUCAAGGACUCCUCUAAAACUUGAUGCUGUUAAAGCCUUAAGGAAAGAACCAGUUGUUGAAACCAAAACUCCAUUUGAUAGAGAGAGCAAACAAGCCACCCAUCUGUUACGCCAUCAAUCCAGAUCUCAACAACCCACGGCUCUCCAGAGAAUGGCCUCAUCAUCAGGGCGGGGCUUGCUGGAACAAAUGGCCGGAAUCACGGGCCUGACAUCAAAACUAAAAAAGAAGUCACUUUGGGGUAGUGUAGGAAUUAAACCACAAAAGCCACAGCAUCAAGGUCCUGUGGUGGAGACUUGGGAGGACCUCAUAAACCUGGAGGAACCUCAGAAAACAGCGGACCUCACACUACAGUCAAAGAUCGUGAUGAAGGCUUUGUGGUGGAGCAGGAGGAAGGCUAUAACACCCCGUGUGGAUUCUUUGAUGAGUAACGAGGAUCAGCCAGAGCCUACCCCCACAGGUCUGGUCCAAAACAAGAUCCGCAAGGACCUGCUGUCAGCUGACCACCACAGAAACACUGGACACGCCCCCGCCAAGAAAAUGCCAAUAUGGCAACUGGUCGCCAUGGAUAAAUCUCCCAAAAGUAUACAGGAGAAAAAGAAAGAAAAGGAAACUCUAGAACCAGAAAAUAUUGUGGCCAAGAACAAAAAGUCUAUGCUUAAAGUCAAACACGAGCUAUAUAAAGAUUUGGAAGGAGAACUGCUAAAAAUUGACAGGGAAAAAUUGGCCAUCUUUAGAUUGAAGUACGGAGAAUUUCAGAAUAUGAGUCCAUUGUUUGAGGAGCAUGUCGCUAGGUUACAAAGCUGUAAAACAGGCAGAUCUACACACAGGAAUAUGGACAUAACUAAUGUACCUCCUUCUAGAUGGUUUGAAGAUUUAGAAGAUAAAACUCAUUCUAUCAUAGGGUACUGUGAUGAAGAGAUAAACAAAACGCUUCAUGAGAUCAGCCGAUACUCAACAAUCGACAGUAAAACCAUUCCUUUAGCAAAGGCAAAACUGUGCUUACUUUUGCUGUCUCUACCUGCCUAUGAGUUGUUUACCAUACCUGUACAGAAGGCUCUCAAGUUUGUGCUGGAGGUGAUUUUCCAAGGUGAGGACUAUUUACUAGGAGAGUGGUUUCAGCACAGGAAAAUACCCUAUAUCAUCCAGGAUGCUGCUAACACCUAAAUCAUUCAGUUAAUU